AUGGCACAGAGAGUGGUUUUGCGCCGUCGUUGCCGCUACAACACUAAAUCCAACAAGCAGCGCGUGGUCAAGACGCCCGGCGCCCGCUUGGUGGUUCAGCGCCGCGUCAAGGUCGCGCAGGGCCCGAAGUGUGGCGACUGCAAGCGCAGACUCGCCGGUAUCGCCGCCCUCAGGCCUCACCUCUACCGCAACCUGAAGAAGCGCGAACGCACUGUUUCCCGCGCAUACGGUGGUGUCCGUUGCCACGGAUGUGUCAAAGACAGGAUCAUCCGUGCCUUCCUCAAGGAAGAGCAGAGGGCUUUGAAGAAGGUCAUUGAAGCUCGUGAGGCCUCCAAAGCCACCGCUCCGGCAAAGGCCAAGGAAGAGAAAAAGGACGCCGCAAAGAAGUCCACUAAGGCCCCCAAGGCCGAGGGUGCCAAGGAACCCAAGGAGUUCAAGGACUCCAAGAUGGGCAAGAGGAAGCCUGCUCCUAAAGCUUAA